CCGCAGUAGGCUGUUGAAGUUCAAAGUUCAAACAUUACAGUAAAAAUAGGGUACUCGCUGGCUGACUGCCUGUGUGAUCGCUGAGAAUAAUAUAGAAGCUAGUGGUCACAGAACUAAACGGUUGUCACCACACUGAACACCGGUAGAGGAAACCGAAAAUGCCCCUCAGCUAAUCGGCGCCUGCUCUUGCCCUGUUGUCGGCGGAUUUACAGAACGACGGCUAGCUGGCUGCUAACGCUAGCACGCUAGCUUGCCAGGAGCACAUAGCAACUGCUGCUAGCUAACGUCACUGGACUGGUACUCUUAACUCUCAAGGCUGCAGCUAUGUUCGUCCAGGAGGAGAAGAUAUUCGCCGGGAAAGUGUUGAAAAUACACAUUUGCACCAUGGACGGCACGGAGUGGUUGGAGGAGGUCACGGAAGACACGACCGUUGAAAAACUGAAGGAGAAGUGCUUGAAACAUUAUGUGCAUGGAAGUCUAGAGGACCCCAAAACUCUUACCCACCAUAAACUCAUACAUGCUGCUACAGAGAGAGUCCUCACCGACACCAAAACUGUCUCAGAGGAAAAUCUCAAAGAUAAAGAUGUUUUGCUGCUCAUAAAGAAAAGACCACCACCAACCCCUCCAAAGACGGCAGACGUUAGUUCAGAUGACAAGAAGAAACAAGAUAACAAGGCUCCUGACAAAGACGCAAUUCUGAAAGCCACCGCUAACCUGUCCACACGCCACACUGACCGCACUGUCACCCAGCAUAACAUAAGAGAUUUUCAGACGGAGCUAAGAAAAAUCCUUGUUUCUCUCAUUGAAGUCGCUCAGAAGCUUCUUGCCUUGAACCCUGAUGCUGUUGAACUCUUCAAAAAGGCCAAUGCAAUGUUGGAUGAAGAUGAAGAGGAUCGGGUGGAUGAAACGGCCCUUCAGCAACUCACUGAGAUGGGUUUUCCUGAGAGCAGAGCCAUCAAAGCGCUUAGACUGAACCACAUGUCAGUGACUCAGGCAAUGGAGUGGCUCAUUGAGCAUGUAGAUGAUCCCUCUGUCGACACGCCUCUGCCUGGCCAGGACUCCUCCGGGGCAGCAGGAGCCACGGCUGCCGCCAUACCCGGCCCCUCGGCUUCUGGCCCUAACCUUCUACGCAGCCUCUCCAGCCAGUCAAGCACGGACGAGAGCAGCAGACAGGACGAGCUCACAGAGAUCUUCAAGAGGAUACGCAGGAAAAGGGAGUUCAGACCAGACUCCAGAGCUGUCAUUGCAUUGAUGGAGAUGGGGUUUGAUGAAAAGGAGGUGGUUGAUGCUUUGAGGGUGAAUAACAACCAACAGGAUGCUGCGUGUGAGUGGCUGCUGGGAGACAGGAAGCCUUCUCCAGAAGAUAUGGACAAAGGCAUCGACACCAACAGUCCACUGUUUCAAGCCAUUCUGGAGAAUCCAGUGGUCCAGUUGGGUCUAACCAAUCCCAAGACUCUGCUCGCUUUUGAAGACAUGCUGGAGAAUCCUCUGAACAGCACCCAGUGGAUGAACGACCCUGAGACCGGUCCCGUCAUGCUCCAAAUAUCCAGAAUCUUCCAAACCCUCAAUCGCACAUAGAGCCUCCUGGUGACCCCCUGUGUGACUGUGGCAGCUUGUGUGUAUGCUUGACCAUGUUGGAGGGUGUGUGUGUGUGUGUGUGUGGAUGGAUGUGAAUAUGAAUGUGUGCAUAUAUCCAAGCGUGGCAGAGACACAAGUAUUGUUUUUGCCUUGUAAAGACAAAGCCAGAAGAGUCAAAGUAUGAAUUAAGAUGUUCUACAUAUAACUAUUUAUAACAGUACAGUAAAACACUUAUACAAAACAAAUGUUAAUGUAAACAUUAUUAUUAUUACAGUAAUAAUUUAAAAAAAAAACAAGAUUUAGUAUGUUGUUUUUACAUUUUAAUGAGAGCAAUUUAUAGUUAUAAUGGACAUGGAUUUAUUUUAUAUAAUUUCUCCAUUUGCAAAAAUGACAUCAAACAUCAAUUUAAUGUUUACACUUCAAAGAAAACUGUUUUUGUAUGUUUUGCAAUAUUUAAAUAUCAAUUACAGUUUUGUCUGUCAUCAGUGAUGAGUGUGUGGAAGACUUGUGUUUUGUUUUUCUUCCCCCAUCUGUCUUGUUUUUAUCAAAGUAACUGCUUGUAAUCGAGAGGCCGGUGGUCAAAACUGAGCGUUUGUUUAGCUGUUUGAAAACAGGCUUUCAGACACAUUUACCUCUCUCCCCAUUCAUGCCUGCGAGGUCACUGUAAGUCAACUGCCUCUCAGUUUAAAGAGGAGAACGUUCGUCCCGGAGCCUCUUCAAGAAUAUUUAUUUGACUUUGCCUUUUUAGACAGAAGCUGUACACUAAACUGUUUGUGUCUUAGUCAUGUUUUUACAAGAAAAGUAUCUAUUAGGCCUGUGUGUUUGUUGUCAAUGUGCUCUUGAAUGUCAUACUAUCGUGUUGCGCUCAUUUAGCACUUGUUCUAUAAAUAUCACUCACUGCAGCACUGAGGAAGUUAAAAGAAGGGUUCAUGUUUUGUCAGAAAAGGUUGUAGUGGGACAUUAAAUGAAGCUGAGCCUAAUAAAAAAGGGUUUGCCUUUUGAAUGUGAAGAUACGUGCUCACUUCAUGCUGCAAAGGUGUGACCAUAUUCAUACACACAAAGAAAUAAUAGAAUUUGAGACGCAACUAAUGUUCGGCUUUUGGUUGACUUUUUUUCUAAUGAGAGCAACGGACAUUUAUGCUGUCAAACCAAACUAAAAUGUUUCUAUAUAACCUGCCUUGUCAUUAGUUAUACCCAUUGAAAAAAUACCCCGUAUUUCUGUGCAAUAGCAAGGACUUCUGUUGACCUGUAUUGUCAGAGAGUGUUAGAGAUGUUGGACUUGCAUUGAGUAAUGUGUUAUACUAUAUUAGCCUUUGGAUUGAGUGCUCAAAAUCUCCAGCUGCAGGAAGGUGAGCAUUGUCUCUCCUGGUUGUACUGAGAGUUAAAAACAAUAUGGAGGGUGGUGUGUUUUGCCAAGCUUUUGAGUGUUUUUGUUCAAUAUUUGAAAAUGUGGUAUUGAUGUGACUUUCUGCUCAGGGAGGCUGAGAUUGUUUUUCUAAACCUGCCGUCAUGGCAAACCUCUGCUCACCUAUUUCUAGUUUGGCAUUUAAAAAUGGCUUUAACCAAUAUGUCUAGAACUUUGCUUAUGAAUAAGAGCACCACAAGACAUGGUUUCGUAAAUGCAAUAUUUGAAAAUAUUUAAUGUUUUUAGAGAAAAGUGUCUGUGUGAAAUAUGUAUUAUUACAUUAUUUAUAUCAAAGCCAAACUAGUAACUUGUUCUUAUUUAUAACAUUUUUAGCAAACCUUUAAGCUAAUCUACAAAUGUGAAAUAAUUGAAUGAUUCAAAUGUUGUUUUUACAAACCAUUAUAAAAAAAAUGUGCUUAUGGACUGAUGGGUCACAAUGUGGUGUAAAGUAGUGCAACAUGUUUGAAUGAAGGAGGAUUUCUCCACGUCUCUGGAAACCUCUGCACGCUUUCUGCACUGCAGUGGACCUUUAUCAUGGCCACAGUGACCAGCUGUCUCACCACCUCCUUGCUUUGCACUGGCAUGCAAACAUCUUGAAACAAACCUUGGGAGAAGAAGGGUCCACAGAAAAUGCAGACACCUUGUCUUAGCAAAUGGUCAACAGGAACAGAAAAGAACAAAAUGAACUUUAUUGCUUAGGGACUCUGAAGAAUUGUCAGAGUCACAGGUUACUGUUUUCACUCAGCUUUCAUGCAGGAUUGUCACAGAUUAACAACCUAUGCAAUAUACUCUCACACUUCUGUUCAUUCAAACAGCCUCAUGGCCACUGGCGUCUAAAUCACUAUUGCAUUAAAGUUAUUUUUGUGGCUGUAA